GCCAACGUUCGCACCGGGAUAAUCUCGAUAAUCCAACUAAUGAUCGCGUGUUAAGAGGAUCAAAGUCACGUGACGUAACAAGCGCGUGUGUUGCUAUGUGACGUUGGGGUAGGAGCCGAGCUGUUACAAUGGAGUAGUCAAACUGGAGGGACGAGAUAGGACAGGUGGAACACGCACCGAGAAGCCCUGCAACAAACACAACCAUGUCAGCGGAAUUCGAACGAAUUCGGCAACGGGGGAGGGAUCGCCUUCUGCAGCUGUCCAAACCGAAGGAGCCCAAAGUGGAAUGGUGGACCAGCGUCGGGCCGAAUGUGAAGUGGGGCACCCAGGACAUGCUCUGGCCGAUCCCCAAGUCUGCCAGGACAACAGUCGCCUCAAGCAGGGUAUCGGAGCUAGCCACACCAAAAAGAAACUUCCAGAAAGAAACCAACAUAGACAAUCAUCCAAUAUUCUUCUACAGCUGUGGGAGGUCGUCGGUGCUAUGGAACGUCAGUCCUAAAGCCAUGGCGACAUCCGCAUCGCAGAGAGUCACAGAACUUGCCAAACCAAAGAGGACACAUCAGGAAUAUUUGGAACACAGGCCAGACUUUUUCUACAGCUGUGGCAGGGCGAGUCCCAUCUGGACGGUGGAGAAAGGAGCAGCUCAGUGUGGCGAGCGAGCCCACACAACUCAACUGGCACAACACAAACCAUACCAUAAAGACUUCCAGCCUUCCAGACAGGUGCAGACCGUCAUACCUGCUCCUGCUCUCAAAGGCCGGGCAUCCGAGAGGGUUGAAUCGCUCGCCACACCCAAAGAAAGGAACCCAGGGCCCUUCAGAGAGCCACAAUGGACUGUGAGUGCUGCUGCCAAGAACUCAUCGGCCAGUACAAGAAGCAUGGAGUUAGCCCGAGCCAAGGGGACAACUGAGGGGUUCCAGGCUGCCCGGGAGGUGGAAUGGCCAGUCACACGAGCAGCAAAACGUGCUGCAGCUUCAAGUCGGUUGGAGGAACUGUCACAACCUAUUGUGCGAGCAUCAAUGGACCAUGUGCAAUUCAAUCCUGAUGCGUUCAUAGUGAGAGAAUCUGCUCUGAAGGGUGUUGUGCCCCGACGAAUCGAAGACCUGGCACAGCCAAUUCAGAGGGGUUAACAUGGCUAGGGUAUAGGGGCGAACAGGAUAUAGGGUUAACUGGAGUAUAUAAAGGAGGGCUAAAUGGGAUUUAACAUACUGAAGAAGCACAAUGUGUAAUUAAAGAACACAACUGUAACAAGAAUUGCCAUAAACAUUAUCAGUGUGUUGAAGGAUUUUCCAACUAAAUUUUGUAUUUUAAUGUAUUACCUGUUCAGUUAAACACUGUCAAUGUUAACUGCCUUCAGAAAUCAGAACUCAUUUCAAUAAUUAUUAACGCCAGAUUAAAGGUUAUCGGAUAUUUGUGGUCUCUUGAACUGGACUAACAUUAUAUUUAUAAGAUUUCUACUAUUCUUGAUCCAUGUAUAUGAUUUAAUGUAGCAAUAUCUAAUAUUUAUUUCCAUUUCUUCGAUGUCCAUGAACGACAAUUCUGUAUUACCAACCAUAUUGUGUGAUUGUUGAACAGAAAUGGCUUCCAUUUUGAUUUUGGUAUAAUUGUUGAGGCCAAAUAUUUGCUUCUUUGUUAGUCUUCCACCCGAACUACAAUCUAUUUUCACAAGUUAUUUACAUGCAUAAAUUAUCAUGGAGAGAAAAUUGUAAAUGCUUUAGAGACACAAAGCACACUAUGUGAUGAUGCUGACCAAUGAGAGCCAUGCAUUCAAUUCACUUUGUGUUAAAAUAUCAAUUACUCGAUGAUACAAGGUUCUGGAUUGGUCAAACACAUUCAAGUCAAACAGAUCUACUGGUAUUGUUAACAACAUUCAUCUAUUCCACUCAUUUAUGCACUACUAAUAACUCGAAAGAUUAAUAAGCAUUGUCAUCUCAUGACCUCACGUUUGCUGAAAUCUCAGGAUUGAUUUUUCAGGACUAUCAUCAACUAAGGCCAGAGUAUUAAAUUACCAUUCAGUAUUACAGCUUUUUAUCAGGAGUUGUGUUGAUGUAUUUUGUGUGCAAUGUUGUGACACUAUUGUUGCCUAUUUAAUUUAGCUAUGGUAAUAUGACCCUAAAACCAUCUAAUAUGGUAUAUAUGUAUUAUAUAUUUUUGUACUUUUCCCAAAUAAUUGUAAUCACUGACGUGCACUGUGCACAGCACAGGCCACAGAAGGACCAGGCUUGAGGGAAUAGGACUUGAGAAAUGUCUUCAAUGCAGUUAGAACUGUUGUGGUUCUUCCCAGCAUACUUCGGCAAACAUGUUCCUUUCAAACAACUUUAGUUCAUAAUCUAGUUAUCCUGGUGACUAUCAAAGAAGAAGUUUCAAUUGCAUCAGCAUGAAAUAAGAGACCAUUAUUUCCUGUGCGGUAUUUUUUUUUCAUGACAAAUGUCUCUAUUUGCAAUAACCUUGAAACUUUCCUACAUGUCUCUAUCUCUGUGGCUGUAAAUAAAUUGUUUUUGUUUCCAACA